AUGCAGCAGCAACAACAAUUUCAUCAGCUUCAGCAAGCUCAACAGCAGCAGCUCCAUCAGCUACAGCAGCAGCAGCCCCCUGGCGCGCCGGCCUUGCCUCCUACCCAGGGAUCGCCCUUUUCAACAGAGCAGCUCACAGACCUUCGAUACCAGAUAAUCGCAUUCAAGCUGAUCUCGGCCAACAUGGCUGUACCACCACAUCUUCAGGAAGCCAUUUUCACACCAAAGUCGGUCGAACAAGCUUUGAGCGCCAAGGAACCCACAGCAUCAGUUGCUGGUAGAAUCGUGGAUGUGGCCCGCCACCAUUUAUCCGAGCAGAUGCCAACAGCAUCCGAUUACAACGCCUACACAUCGCCAUUCUCAUAUCUUCAAAAGACCCUGCCCGCCGCGGUCCAUGCUUCACGGCAGCAGCGCCUCCUGAUUCCCAGUAUAUCGCCAGUGGGCAUUGACCCAUAUGCUUUGGCCCAGGAGCGCGACAACCGACUGAAGACACGUGUCAAGUACCGCAUCGAGGAGCUCGACAGCCUCCCCAGCAAUAUUGCCAGCGAGGCCCUGGAUCCCUCUGGCGGCCUUUUGGACCAAGAAAACAAGGCUCCCCCUUCGGGACCCAAGCUGAAAGCCCUUAUUGAGCUGAAGGCCCUGAGACUUUUGGAAAGACAGAAGAAGCUUCGAGCUGAAAUCAUCAAGGGAAUGUCCAAAGCGACCAUGCUUGCAACGUCUACGGACAGAGCCGCAUAUCGCAGGAUGAAGAAACAAUCGUUGCGCGAGGCUCGCAUGACUGAGAAGCUCGAAAGGCAGCAGAGACAGGAUCGCGAGGGACGUGAGAAGCAGAAGCACAUGGACUACUUGCAGAACAUUGUCAACCACGGACGCGAUAUGAUCCAGUGGCACAGGACACAGCAGAUGAAGCAAAACAAGCUGGGUCGCCUGGUUCUUCAGUUCCACGCCCACGUUGAAAAGGAAGAGGCCAAGCGUAUCGAACGUAUCUCGAAGGAGCGUCUGAAAGCUUUGAAGAAUGACGAUGAAGAGGCGUACAUGAAGCUCAUUGAUCAGGCCAAGGACACGCGUAUCACACACUUGUUGCAGCAGACCGACUCCUAUCUUGCGUCGCUUGCAGAGGCCGUUACUGCCCAGCAAAACGACUCUGUCCACUCGGACAUUAUUACGCGCGGCGGUAUUGAGCUUAUGGAUGAUGAGAGCGAUUUCGAUUAUGGCGACGGAGACAACAGGCGCAACGACUAUUACAAUAUUGCACACAAGAUUCAAGAAAAGAUCACGAAGCAGCCGGCUAUCUUGACCGGAGGAACGCUGAAGGAGUACCAGAUGAAGGGUCUGCAGUGGAUGGCGUCUCUCUACAACAAUCGUUUGAACGGAAUUCUGGCAGACGAGAUGGGAUUGGGUAAAACUAUUCAAACCAUCUCCUUGGUCACAUUUUUAAUUGAGGCUAAGCAGCAGAACGGGCCCUUCCUCAUCCUUGUACCACUUUCCACGCUCACGAAUUGGACGUUGGAAUUCGAAAAGUGGGCUCCUCAGGUCACGAAGGUUGUCUACAAAGGUGUUCCCUCGCAGCGUAAGCACAUUCAGCAAACAGAGAUUCGACACCGGAACUUCCAAGUGCUUUUGACAACAUACGAAUACGUUAUCAAGGACAGGCCGAUCCUCAGUAAAAUUAAAUGGGUGUACCUGAUCAUCGACGAGGGUCAUCGUCUCAAAAAUGCCAACUCGAAGUUGUUUGUGACCCUGACUCAGCACUACUCUUCCCGAUACCGACUCAUUCUCACUGGAACGCCCUUGCAGAACAACCUACCAGAACUCUGGGCCCUUCUCAACAUGGUGCUCCCGCGUGUCUUCAAUUCUGCCCAGUCCUUUGACGAAUGGUUCAAUACGCCGUUUGCGAAUACAGGAGGUCAGGAUAAGAUUGAGUUGAACGAAGAAGAGGCCCUGCUAAUUAUCAAGCGUCUGCACAAGGUGUUGCGACCUUUCUUGCUGCGCCGUUUGAAAAAGGAUGUCGAGUCAGAGCUGCCAGACAAGGUCGAGCGUGUUAUUCGAUGCAAGAUGUCGUCCUUGCAGCUGAAGCUCUACAACCAAAUGAAGAAACACGGCAUGCUUUUUACUCAGGGAGGCGAAAAAGGACGCACUGGCAUCAAGGGUCUAAACAACACAAUCAUGCAGCUCCGCAAGAUCUGCAAUCAUCCAUAUGUUUUUGAGGAGGUUGAGCGCGUUAUCAACCCCGCAAAGAAUAACAACGAUGGCCUCUGGCGUGUCGCUGGAAAGUUUGAGCUUUUGGACCGCAUGCUUCCAAAGCUUUACAAGACCGGUCACAGAGUGCUGAUUUUCUUCCAGAUGACAGCCAUCAUGAACAUCAUGGAGGAUUUCCUGCAUUACCGCCACUACCAAUACAUGCGUUUGGACGGUUCCACCAAGUCGGACGAUCGUUCGGCCCUGCUUAAACAAUUCAAUGCCCCAGACUCGCCCUAUUUUGUGUUCUUGCUUAGUACGAGAGCUGGUGGUCUUGGAUUGAACUUGCAAACUGCAGAUACAGUCAUUAUCUUUGACUCGGACUGGAACCCUCAUCAGGAUUUGCAGGCACAGGACCGCGCCCAUCGUAUCGGUCAGACCAAGGAGGUCCGCAUUUUCCGUUUGGUCACGGAGAAGUCGGUGGAAGAGCACAUCUUGGCUCGAGCCCAGUAUAAGUUGGAAAUUGACGGCAAGGUCAUCCAGGCUGGUAAAUUCGAUAACAAGAGUACGGCGGAGGAGCAGGAGUCGUUCUUGCGGUCAUUGCUGGAAAGCGACAACAAUAAGGAGGAGAACGAUGUCGAGGAGGAAGACAUGAACGAUGAGGAGCUGAAUGAGAUUGUUGCGCGAUCAGAGAAUGAGAUGGUAGUUUUCCGAGAGAUUGAUGCGGAGAGAAAGAUUGUUGAAGACGCAAUAUUCAAGGAGACUGGUGUCAGGCGCGAACGUAUGAUUCAAGAGUCGGAGUUGCCUGAGGUUUACUUACACGAUGAGGACGUUCAACAGGUAGCUCAGGUUGAGGAGGAUCUUGGACGCGGACAGAGAGUCAGGGCUGAAACUCGCUACGAUGAUGGCUUAACGGAGGAGCAAUGGCUCGAGGCCCUAGAGGAUGAGGACAAGGACCUGCAAGAGGCCAUUGCUCAAAAAGCAGAGCGUCGUCGCAGGAGAGAGGAGAGGAGAUUGCUGAAGGAGGCUGCCCAUACAACAGGCGAGGACCUUGAACCGGAACCAAAGAAGGGCCGUGGAAGAGGCAAAAAAAACACGCGGGACGAUGACGAGGAGGAAGCCGAGCUAGCGACCGUAAAAAAGGGUCGUGGACGAGGCACCAAGUCAUCGACCUCAACCGAUAUUACAAAACCGGCUGUUAAAGGGAAGAGAGGAAGGAAACCGGAGGGCGUCUCUCAGGACCCCCUCAAUGAGAGCGAACGCAAGGCAUUGACUAGGGUGUUUGAGGAAUCCUUCAAGGCUGUGGAAGAAUGCAUGGCAGACGAUGAAGAAGAGCCCCGACGCCGGUGCGAACUUUUCUUGCAAUUACCAAAGAAAAAGGAGUACCCGGAGUAUUAUCAGGUCAUUGCGCACCCUAUCGCCAUGGACAUUAUCAAGAAGCGAAUGCGAUCUGCCCACUACAAGUCCCCGACGCAGUUCCGAGACGACUUCCACUUGAUGUUCCAGAAUGCACGCAUAUUCAACCAAGAGGGCAGCUGGGUCUACGUUGACUCUGAGCGCUUGGAGGUGACGAUCUUAUUUCAGUGCUCUUACGGUAUUAUUUUUUUACCUUAA